GCCAAUCAAACUCGACUCGCCUCCACAGGGCAACAUGACCAACGCGGAACGAUCGGCGCCGUUCGAUGUAUGGCGAGAUAGCCCUCUCCGGUACCUUGGAUACGCGAAUGAACUGGGCGAGUCCUUUCGCCCAUUGUUUCCGCGUGCUAUUGCGCCGUCGUAUGUUGUGGCCAUCGGGUACGUCAUAGGCGACACGAUUGACAAGGGCAUGGGCGCUCUCAACGAAGACCCGUCAACACAGCCGUCGUCGGCAUUGGGGCGUGGAGACAACAAAACUCGCGCUGUUAAGGCGGCUCUGGACACUUUGAUAUGGCAAGGAUUUGCUAGCGUGGCCAUUCCAGGCGUCGUGAUCAAUCGUGUGGUUGCUGCAUCGGCGUACGCGAUCUCAAAGCAAGCGAAGGCCACUCCAGCGAUGCUCAAGUGGGGUCCGACAUGCAUCGGGCUUGGCGUGAUUCCGUUCAUUAUCCAUCCCAUCGACAACUUCGUGGACUUUGCCAUGGACCGCACGACGCGGGUGUGGUCAAGGGACAUUUGAGAGAUGUGAUCGACUUUGCACACGUGGACAACCCAAUUUCUCACCACUAUUGCACCAACAUAAACGAGUCUAUUUUGAGCAUAUUUUGAGUGUGA